AUGAGCGAGCCAGCCCGCCACACCAACAUUAGCUCACUUCCAAUCCAAGAUCCUGAGCUGUCUUGUAAAUUGGCCAAAAUGGAAGCACUCAUCCAGCGGAUUCCUGGAAUGACAGUCCCUAUUAAAAAGAGUGUAGCAAGCUGCUAUGUUGACUCACCUUUUGUCAAUGAUAUAGACAUGGUCGAAAUGCCGAAUUUUUUUAGCUUCCCCCACAUGAAGAUGUUUGAUGGAACGUCUGAUCCUGAUGAUCAUAUCACUCAAUACAGGCAGAGAAUGUUCACCAUUGCCAUCCCAUGCAACAUGAGGGAAGCAUGCAUGUGUAAGGGGUUUGGUUCUAGUCUGAUUGAAUCAACCCUCCAGUGGUAUACUAAUUUACCUAAUAAUUCUAUUUCUACUUUUGCAAAAUUGACUGACACUUUUGUUGAGCAGUUUGUUAGUAGAAGGAAACUUGAAAGGACAGCCAUCUCAGCCUUCCACAAAGGACUCUGCUAUGACUCAGACCUAUACGAAGAACUUACCAAGUAUCCUUGCAAGACGAUGAAAGACGUUCUCACCAAGGCCUGGGCACAUAUACAAUGGGAGGAGGGUGAAACUAACUAUUAUCACUCUUCCCUAAGGAAAGACACUCGAAGAGACUCAAGGGUAGACAAACGACAUAGUGACAGACGAUCCGAGCCAUACUCGUAUCCUAACAGAUCAGAGAACAGAAGGAGGGAGUACAACCGGUCGUCUGAGACACGUCUCCGAGAUGGACCAAAGAUACCUGAAUACAAUCUUUCAAUCUCACCAGCUGAAGUCAUUGGCGUACUGAAAGGACUCAGAGAAAAAGUAAAAUGGCCAAAAAGGAUGAGGACUCCAUCUGACCAAUGA